GAGCCCUAGGAACCUCGAUCUCCAGCAGCCCUAAGAGCGGCUGGGACACCUACCACUGUCUCUUUUGCGUUUUGCAUCUUCGCCCUCGCCUUGAUAGUUUUCUGCUUCGCUCCUGGACAUCCCAGCUCGAGCAUCAUGGCGGAGCAGACUGAGAAGUCUUUCCUGAAGCAGCCCAAGGUCUUCCUCAGCACUAAGGCUUCAGCGAAGGGGAAGGCUGCAGGAAAGGCCGGUACCCGUUUCUGGAAGAAUGUUGGUCUUGGCUUUAAGACCCCUCGCGAAGCUAUUGAAGGCACCUACAUUGACAAGAAGUGCCCAUUCACCGGAGAUGUCUCCAUUCGAGGCCGCAUCCUAACUGGAACUGUGAACUGCACCAAGAUGACUCGCACCAUCACCAUUCGGCGGGAUUACCUUCAUUUCGUCAGGAAAUACCAGAGGUACGAGAAGAGGCACUCGAACUUGGCAGCUCACGUCUCUCCCGCAUUCCGUGUAAAGGAGGGUGAUAAGGUUAUCAUCGGACAAUGCAGGCCUCUUUCGAAGACUGUGAGAUUCAACGUCUUGAAGGUUAUUCCUAUGGGCGCCUCAGAUGGAGGUAACAAGAAGGUGUUCACAGCCGUUUAGAGCCUUAGUCUGGUUUCAUGGAUUAGUAUGAUGGUUCGCGGUUUCACCGCUCUCUUUUGAAAUGUGAAAUUCACUCAUCCAUCAAUAUUGUUCGUGCAAGUAUCGCAUCAAA